CAUCGUUUAUGUAUGAUUUGCAUUAUGUCAAAGCCGACGUAUCUAUUAUCAUUCGUUCUGAUUACAUCAUUAGCUGUGGCUUAUGACCAGAAGGAUGUUGCCGCGUGUCCAUUAACAUUUUGCCAACCGAACGAGAUGUGUUUUAACUUGGAUACUACUGGCGCUAUUACUGGACUUUUACCUGGUAUAUCGCAUGUUUCUCCAAUGACGCCAAUUAUAAGUGGAAAACCUUGCAGCAGACAAAUCGUCAUAAAAGCACAUUUCCUUAAAGGCACAUUGCCAGUUGCAUGUCCAACCGACAAGAGAGACACAUCUUCGAUUUCGCUACCUUCACAGAAAAUGCUUAAGAUACAGCUGUAUUUGUCGAAUUCUGAACGAUACAACCAUAUGUUUAAUAUAGGGGACAGUCAUUCCAAUAAUGGUCAUGGUGGAGACUCAGGUCACCAAAGUUAUGAUUCAGAGAUUCAUGGACGUUAUCCACACAUAGGAGUUUAUGAAAAUGACCAUUGUUUUGGUCUAUCGAGCAUCCAUCUGUAUACUUUAUUUAAGCCAGCAAGCUUGAUAAAUGUGUGGGUCAGUAACGGCUUCGUCAAGAUGUCGAGUGACAACGGAUUAAUUUUUUCCAACUGUUCAUCAUGUUUGUUUGGUCUCAGUGGUCAACUGGAUGCGGAAGGAAUCGAAAAUGAGGACAUUUUCAUUUCUGCAAAUAGAGUGAUAAACACGUAUAUUGGUGGGAGAGUAGGAUAUGGAAUCUGUUUCAUGAAACUGCGUUGGGUGUCUGGGCCAAAUGAAUAAGUUUGCAGUUACCUUUAUUCACUUAUGAAACGAAUAAAGAAAGAAAUGACUAUAUAGCAUAACAUUUUGUCAAUUCUGUUUUUACCACGGACUUAAACAAAUUUUUUACCCUAAAAACAGUCA